AUGUCUGACGCACCAGAAUCCAGUACUCCAGAAGUUAAACCAGAUGUUAAGCCAGACGUCAAGACGGAGACUCACAUCAAUUUAAAAGUUUCUGAUGGUUCUUCAGAGAUUUUUUUCAAAAUUAAGAGAACUACUCCCUUGAGAAGAUUAAUGGAGGCUUUCGCCAAGAGACAAGGUAAAGAAAUGGACUCAUUGAGAUUCUUAUACGACGGUAUCAGAAUCCAACCGGACCAAACUCCUGACGAUCUAGAUAUGGAAGAUAAUGAUAUCAUUGAAGCUCACAGAGAACAAAUUGGUGGUGCUCACUAG